AUUUCGAUGGCUGACUAGGUGUGAAUGAAAGAGACUCUCUGCAAUAUUUAGUGUCCAGUCUUACUGGCUUUGAAGAACAGCGGCAUCUACAAUGCCGCCUCCUGCUGAUAUAGUGAAGGUGGCUAUAGAAUGGCCAGGUGCCUUCCCCAAGUUGAUGGAAAUUGAUCAAAAAAAACCAUUGUCUGCAAUAAUAAAAGAAGUUUGUGAUGGGUGGUCUCUUGUGAACCAUGAAUAUUAUGCACUGCAACAUGCUGAUAGUUCCAAUUUCUAUAUCACAGAAAAGAAUCGCAAUGAAAUUAAAAAUGGAGCCAUCCUUCGAUUAACAACCUCUCCAGCUCAAAAUGCACAGCAGCUCCAUGAGAGGAUCCAGUCUUCUAGUAUGGAUGCCAAAUUAGAAGCACUGAAAGACUUAGCCAGUUACUCACGGGAUGUUACGUUUGCCCAGGAGUUUAUAAAUCUAGAUGGUAUCUCUCUCCUAACGCAGAUGGUCGAAAGUGGCACAGAACGCUAUCAGAAAUUGCAGAAGAUAAUGAAGCCCUGCUUUGGAGAUAUGUUAUCCUUUACACUGACUGCAUUUGUUGAGCUGAUGGAUCAUGGGAUUGUAUCAUGGGAUACAUUCUCGGUGGCAUUCAUUAAAAAGAUAGCAAGUUAUGUGAACAAGUUUGCUGCGGACAUCUCUAUCUUGCAACGGUCAUUAGCAAUCCUGGAGUCAAUGGUGCUCAAUAGCCAUGAGCUGUACCAGAAAGUAGCCCAGGAGAUCACAAUUGGCCAGUUAAUCCCACAUCUUCAGGGGACAGAUCAAGAAAUCCAAACCUACACGAUUGCAGUAAUAAAUGCACUUUUCCUUAAAGCACCUGAUGACAAGAGGCAGGAGAUGGCAAACAUUUUGGCACAAAAACAGCUUCGGGCUAUCAUCUUAACACAUGUUAUCAGGGCCCAGAGGGCCAUCAAUAAUGAAAUGGCGCACCAGCUUUAUGUUCUGCAAGUGCUCACCUUUAACCUUCUGGAGGACAGAAUGAUGACCAAAAUGGAUCCACAGGACCAGGCUCAGAGGGAUAUUAUAUUUGAACUCCGAAGAAUUGCUUUCGAUGCAGAGUCUGAACCCAACAACAGCAGUGGCAGUAUUGAGAAACGCAAAUCUAUGUAUACCCGAGACUAUAAGAAACUUGGAUUUAUUAAUCAUGUAAACCCAGCAAUGGAUUUUACACAAACCCCUCCAGGAAUGCUAGCCCUUGACAACAUGCUGUACUUUGCCAAACACCACCAGGAUGCAUAUAUCCGGAUUGUCUUGGAAAACAGCAGCCGAGAAGACAAACAUGAAUGUCCCUUUGGCCGCAGUAGCAUCGAGCUGACAAAGAUGCUGUGUGAAAUCCUGAAAGUAGGAGAACUACCCAGUGAGACCUGCAAUGAUUUCCACCCCAUGUUCUUCACGCAUGACAGAUCAUUUGAGGAGUUUUUCUGCAUCUGCAUCCAGCUGUUGAAUAAGACUUGGAAGGAAAUGAGGGCAACCUCUGAAGACUUCAACAAGAGUCUUAAUAUAGAAGUAGAAAUCUGUAUAGAAUAA